AUGCCAUCGGUAACUGGAAAGCUGCAAAAUAGUAAUGACUAUAGACCUCUAGAAAGUUGCUUUGCCAGAAGCGUGAUACAUCUACAGAAACAUCUCGCUAAACAACAACAAUAUCAUGAAGAAUUUUAUGAACAGUUACUUGUCCCAAUCUUCGAUUUUUAUCCAAUGGAUAUUUUAAAGCAGCUCUUUAAUGAGGAGAACCAAAAAAAAGUGGUACGUUAUUUGCAGGAAGAACUGAAGAGGUAUCCGGAGUUAGAUUUAAAGACAGGUCCUCAUUAUGUAGCAAAGACAAUCAAGAAUGACCUCAGCUCAAUGGAUUCUGAAUAUAUAAUUUCCAAAAUAAAAUUAAUUCUAAUCACUAAGGCAAUUGAUGGUGUCUGUCGAUUUUUAAAUUAUAGCUACGAGGAAGGUUUGCACGAAUUUCGAAAAUGUUUACAAUUUGUUUACUAUUUGAAAAAUAUUCCCCUUCAAACAAAUCAAAAGUAUAUUAAUUUCAUACGCCAAUAUGAACUUACAAUUUCUCUUUACUGUGGCGAAUGUAUCAUUAAUUAUGUAAAAAUGAAAGGUAAUAGGUGGUCCAAGGAUGAAUGUUUGAAGGGACAAUUAGAUGAAGUGGGUAUUUUACAAAGUUUACUUUGCGGUAUUGUUGAUAAUAUGGAUUUACUUGCAACGACUUAUCGUGGUGUCAAGGACAAGUAUGUCCUUAGUCAGAUUUUUCAACAAGUUGGCGAUAUUCACGAAGUGAUAGCAAUUCUGAAGGGUAAUUAUUCUGAGUACGAACAAGAGCACUCCUUGAAUAAUUUCGCAUUAAGCGUCGAUAAUGAAGAUAUUGCAAAUAUGAUCCCAAAAUAUAUCAUCUCAAUGACUUUUAAGCCAAGUGGAGAUUCAUCGGCCCUUUAUUGUUUGGAUAAAAUAAUUGAAGGCAUUGUUCUGUAUGGAGAAUUUCAAGUAGAGAUAAUCAAAUUUUUCGUUGAUUUACGACUAUUUUAUCAACAAGCUUAUAAUUGGAUCGAGGCAGAUGUUAUCAUUUAUCGAGAUGAACUAAUGGAAGAAUGUGUUUUAUUUGCUAAAAAGAUAAUAGAAGACUGGGAACGCUUUAAUGACACUACUAAAUUGGAUAGACAAAGUAUAACGACACAUUUGCCACGAAUUCUAUUGAAGACUUUGAGAGGUUCAAUUAUAAUGGUUGAAGAAAUAUCUGAUAUUGAAAGUGACAGUGAUAAUGAAACAAGCAGUCAAAUGAUAUCAAAUCACAAAUAUAAAUAUGAAAUCAUUUCUAAGCUGAAAUUUAUGAAAUUAAGAGUUAAGCAGAAAUGGAAUGAUGGUAUUCACUCUCGUCAUUCACAUAAAUCUGAUAAAUAUAAAAAACGCUGGGAUUUAGGAGUUGAAUGGAUACGCCUUUGGCAGAAGGGAUAUUCUGAACAUAAUGAUACUAAGGUUGACGGAAUGGCGACCUUCCUUCUAGAACAGUUCUAA